UUCGGCCUAAAUAAAUCUUUUAGGAAAUAUUUUAGUGAGCUCAAAUUUAGCUUCAUUUUUUUUUCUUUUGUUAUCAAUUCCUAAUCAGUUGUAAAUUUACAAUUGAGGAACUUAUAAAUAAUGAAGAAAUCAAAUUUAAAGUGAAAUCUUGUCAUUAUUACGAAAUUUUUUUGUUCAUUUCUGCUGACCUCGUAUUGUAAGUCGUCGAAAAAUCAGAAACGAAUAAGAAUAUUCAGAUGAUUCUCCAUCAUUUAUGUGUUGAAUCUUGUUGAGUGAAGUCGCAUUUGCAAUGAAGUUGAUUAUUUUUAUUUUCGUUUUGGUUUCUGUUUAUAAUGUCGUUAAUGGUGGCGUAGCUCAUUCACUUCCAGAUAAGCAGACUGAUUGUUCUUCAGGAACUUGCGUUGAUUAUUGUGAUCACAAUGGACAGCGAAUCCUAGCUGGUGAAGAAAUCACUGAAAUGUGUACGCUAGUUCGAUGCAAUGAAGAUUACUCAAAGGAUUACCGAAGUUGUGGUGUUGGAGCGACUGAGUCAUGUAAGAAACUUUCACCUGAUUUCUCAUUGCCGUAUCCUGAUUGUUGCAAUCGAGUGUGCAAACCCAAAAAUGUUAUUAAAAUUAUCAGAGAUCAAGAUUCAAAUAUUGUUUAAAUUAUGAAUGCUUGAAAUUUAAAAUUAAAUUCCAUUUUAGAUAUUUUAAUAAAUUAAACUAAUUCAAAGAUUA